AUGUCCACAAUUUUCAGAAAGAGACUAGACUCUGAUAGGAAUAUAGAAGCAUCGUUAUAUUUUGGAAAUAUUGAUCCACAAGUUACAGAGUUGCUAAUGUAUGAGUUAUUCAUCCAGUUUGGUCCCAUCAAAUCAAUAAAUAUGCCAAAGGAUCGUAUAUUAAAAACGCACCAAGGGUACGGAUUUGUCGAAUUCAAAAACUCAGCAGAUGCCAAAUAUACAAUGGAUAUACUACGGGGAGUAAGACUUUAUGGAAAAGCUUUGAAAUUGAAACGAAUUGAUGCCAAGUCUCUGGCACCAACAAACAGCACAAACAAUCAAACAAUAGGAACUUUUGUACAAUCAAAUUUGAUCAAUCCGAAUUACAUAGAUGUUGGAGCUAAGCUAUUUAUCAACAAUCUUAAUCCCUUGGUUGAUGAAUCUUUUUUGAUGGAUACCUUUAGUAAGUUUGGAACCCUUAUACGAAACCCAAUAAUUAGACGCGAUUCAGAGGGCCACUCUUUGGGACACGGGUUUCUUACGUAUGAUGACUUUGAAAGCAGUGACUUAUGCAUACAAAAAAUGAAUAACACUAUUUUGAUGAAUAACAAAAUUACCAUCAAUUAUGCAUUCAAAGACCUGACUAUUGAUGGGAAAAAGUCCCGACAUGGAGAUCAAGUAGAACGGAAGUUGGCUGAAAGUGCAAAAAAGAAUAAUUUAUUGGUAACAAAGACCUCUAAGGCGAGUACAGGGAAGGGAAAUAAAAGAAAGAAUAAACCACAUAAAGUGACCAAACCGUGA